GGUGUAUACUAUAGCCUCUAGUGUUGAGUUAUGUGCUAGUGCCUAUUGAUAGUAGGUAUGCGAGAUACUGCAACUCAAUCUGUGGAUCAUCUGCGACAUCGUCGUUUGUUUGCAUACACUAAACAGGCCCAAGAGGAAUUGAUAGAGUGAUAAAGCCAGCCCGGAGUCCUUCUAUUGUUGCCCGGCCUGGUUUGUUCUUCUGGAAAGACGAGCGCGCAGUGUGUGGCAAUAGGACGGUGUGUCUGUGGGUGCUUCACCAAGUCUUGAGAGCAGUGCUAGAGCCAGACUCUGAUGAACAGCAGGAUGGCACGCGUAUCCUCUGUUGGCUUACUGCUGUUGCUCGUGGUGUGUCUGGUGGUGCUAACUGAAGCACGACGAGGAGGAUCGAGACCACGCGGACAGCAGAGACCCAGAACUCGUGGUAGAGCCUGCUUCACGGAACUGGGCUGUCCGCAUGACUCUUGCUGCGUCCGUGACAUCCUGGACGGUGACGAUGGCCCAGCGUUCGCCCAGAAGGGACGCUGCCGCAGUGCCACGGAUAUUCAAGACACAACACAGUUCACAGUGUCUAUCGUAACUGAAGACUUGGCUGAUGUGCUGGACCCAGGGGUGACGCUAAAUGCGCUUGUCGAUGACCAGGACUUCCUGGGAGUCUGCAGGCGAGGUACACUCGUGAAUUCCUCCACCAAGCGCAAGCGUCGUCAAGCAGAAACUGCGUCUGUGGAUCAAAUCCUGAAUAUCGUCCUAGCACCCCAGACCUUUGUCGCCUCAGAGGUGGUUGCCCCGGAGACCAGAUCGCCACUGCAGAAAAUUCGCCAGCAAGCUCAAGAUGCUGAACAUGUCAUGAGCGAACUGCUACAGCAGCUGGAGGCAGUGGAAGCUUGACGUAACCAUGGUUACGAUAAUCUAGUAGCGAGACAUUGUCCUGGACAGGAACUGCGUAUUCCACACACUACACAUUGAACACUGCGCAAUGCACAGCUGGUGAACCGUUCAAUGCCCAAUGCACUGCUACUUAAAUGCUGGUGAGAUGCUCUGUUCUUCAUGGCUAGCAUAAUGUACAUUGCACUGGUUGCUCCCAGCCUACCACUAGCCAUUACUUUGUCACACUAAUGCAGUAAUUGCACUGAAUGUACCUGUACACUUCUUUAUUGCGUUGAAUGCACACACUACGUUGUUAGGCAGUAUCUUUGGGCAAUACUCUACCUGCAUGCUUGUACCUCGCACAGAUCACUUUCUAUCCGUGGUCUAGCUGGUCGGGAGUAAGCACGGACUCCAAUCUGACCGUUACUUGCAUCUCGUGUCUA